UAUUUAUAAACAUGGUAUCACUGAACGCCGAAGGUACUGUAACUGUCGAUCAUUUUACAUCUAAUUUAAGUUAGGUCAUCAAAACUUUGAUGAUCGGAGUAUUUAACUUUCAAUUUUUUGUCUUGCGUGAAAUAACUAACAAAUGAAUUUUUAAUAAUUUUAUUUUAACUCUUCAAUUAAGUAAUUUAAAUUGUUUUAUCAAUAAAUAUUUUAAAAAUUUAUUUCUUACUCUGCAAAAAUGUGCCCAAUUAUGGUAGAAACAUUACUAUAUUUCAACAAUAAAAUUUUGUUUAUUUAUAUUGUAGACUAAGGAAUUAUAAUUAUUGCCGUUUUCAAAAUGGUUGAAAUUGAUGAUCUGCAAGUACUUGUUUCUUAUGUCAAAAAUGUUUGUUGUCAAAAACAACUGCUUAAUAAAAAAUGUAGUUGUGACUUAACUGAACGACCGCGUUUUAAGAGCAAAAAUAAUGCAAGAAAUUAUUAUACUGGAGUUUAUAAUCCAAGUACAGCAAGUAGAGAAUUAAAAGAAGUACUGAAAGAAGUUGAAUUAAUAAUAGAGGAUAGUAAUAUAGAUGAAGAAGAAGCAACAAUGCAGACUGAUUUUGAAGAAAAGAAUACUAAACAUAGUGAAAAAGAAUUUAGUGAAGAAGCUUAUGGAGCAGAAUCUAGGAAGAAUAGUCCUGCAAAAUGGAUAGUAAAUGAUAAAAGUUUGGGUACUCAACUUUCAGAUGAAAAGGAUUGGGAGAAAUUUCUGUCAGUUAGAAUAUCAAAACACAAUUUCACGAAAAAAGGAGAUGAUGGUGCUUGCUACAAUCAAACAUAUAAUAUAAUUUAUACUUUAAUUGUACUAAAUAAUUAUUUAUUUCAGAAAAAAGUAAAUCUUUCUGAUGAAAGGACUAAAAUUGCAACAAACAUAAUGUUGUUAACUCAAAAAAAUCAUUGUGAUGAACAUGAUAGAGCGUGUUACGUUACUGGAUCGCAUCAUUUAUUUUUAACGCCUCAACAUUUAAGUACCUGGGCAGCUUCAAUCGAACAUAAUUUAGCAACAAUUGAUACGCCACCAAGUUUUCCCAUAUUUGCUAAUAAAACUGUAAGAAGUAAUCAAAGUAAUUCGCAACCUUUACCACCUCAAGCAUCUAUACUACAACAUACAUUGUUUUCAUAUACAAUCACCAUGUAUCCUUAUUCAACUUCUCAAGUUGCUUUACCUUCUCAAUUUGCUUUUCCUUCUCAAGCUGCUUUAUCUUCUCCUUCUCGAACUGCUUUAUCUUCUCAAACUCCAGCUAUAACAGAAAAAUCUAUUCCAAAAAUUGAUGAAUUUUUACAAAAUUUGGAUAAUUAA